UCCUUUACUUUUCGAGCCCCCAAAAUCAAAUCCCUCGUGUAUUUCCCCCCAAACUCGCCAUGGCGAAACCCUUGGAAUCCGAUGAUCUCUCCGAGGAGAUCCCUUCCAGCGACUCUACGGAGUCUGACGACGACGAUCAGAAGAGCGAGGAGGAGGUGGAGGACGAGGAGGAGCUCGAAGUUGUGGCGAGACCGGCGAGUCCUGAUGAAGACGAUGAGUCUCAGUCGACGGAGGACGAUGAGGGGUUUAACGAGGGGAAGAGUGAUGACGAUGAUGAUGAUAAUGAGGCUGAGGGGACACUUAAGGCUUCAGAAAUUGGAAAGCGUGAGAGAGCUCGACUUAGAGAGCUGGAGAGGCUGAAGAAGCAAAAGAUUCAAGAAAUACUCGAUGCACAAAAUGCUGCUAUUGACGCUGACAUGAACACCAAAGGGAAGGGGCGUUUGCAGUAUCUACUACAGCAGACUGAGAUAUUUGCUCAUUUUGCAAAGGGUGCCCAAUCUGCAACAGAGAAGAAGACACGAGGAAGAGGGCGACAUUCAUCCAAGUUAACCGAGGAGGAAGAAGAUGAAGAAUGUCUUAAGGAGGAAGAGGGUGGUCUUUCUGGUGCGGGAGGAACACGUUUAGUAACACAGCCAUCUUGUAUACAAGGGAAAAUGAGGGAUUACCAACUAGCUGGGCUGAAUUGGCUAAUUCGGUUAUAUGAAAAUGGAAUUAAUGGGAUUUUAGCUGAUGAAAUGGGUCUUGGGAAAACGUUGCAAACCAUCUCUCUGUUGGGCUAUUUACAUGAAUUCAGAGGAAUUACAGGGCCUCACAUGGUGGUGGCACCAAAAUCCACUCUUGGCAACUGGAUGAAGGAAAUUCGACGAUUCUGUCCCGUGCUGCGUACUGUAAAGCUUUUGGGAAAUCAAGAUGAAAGGAAACAUAUACGCGAAGACUUACUGGUUGCUGGGAAGUUUGAUGUAUGUGUUACAAGUUUUGAAAUGGCCAUCAAAGAGAAAACUGCUUUGAGACGCUUCAGUUGGCGCUAUGUUAUUAUUGAUGAGGCACAUCGGAUAAAGAAUGAGAAUUCUCUUCUGUCGAAGACAAUGAGACUUUAUCAUGCCAAUUAUCGCCUUCUUAUUACGGGCACCCCACUUCAGAACAAUCUUCAUGAGCUGUGGUCUCUUCUUAACUUCCUGCUUCCGGAGAUAUUUAGUUCAGCUGAAACAUUUGAUGAGUGGUUUCAAAUAUCAGGAGAAAAUGAUCAGCAGGAGGUUGUUCAACAGCUUCACAAGGUUCUUCGUCCAUUUCUCCUACGGAGGCUUAAAUCGGAUGUUGAGAAAGGUUUGCCUCCUAAAAAGGAAACUAUACUUAAAGUAGGGAUGUCCCAGAUGCAGAAGCAGUAUUAUCGUGCUCUCCUUCAGAAAGAUUUAGAGGUUGUAAAUGCUGGUGGAGAACGCAAACGUCUGCUAAACAUAGCGAUGCAACUGCGCAAAUGUUGUAAUCAUCCAUAUUUGUUCCAAGGUGCAGAACCUGGCCCGCCUUAUACAACAGGAGAGCAUCUUAUUACAAAUGCAGGAAAAAUGGUCCUUCUGGAUAAAUUACUGCGGAAACUAAAACAACGAGGCUCCAGAGUGUUGAUAUUUUCACAGAUGACUAGACUUCUGGACAUCCUUGAAGAUUAUUUAAUGUUCCGUGCAUACCAGUACUGUCGUAUAGAUGGAAAUACUGGUGGAGAAGAACGUGAUGCUUCAAUUGAUGCCUUCAAUCAACCUGGAAGUUCAAAGUUUAUCUUCUUGCUUUCAACAAGAGCAGGCGGCCUGGGGAUUAACCUUGCCACCGCAGAUAUAGUUAUCCUUUAUGACAGUGACUGGAACCCUCAAGUUGAUUUACAAGCUCAAGAUCGGGCGCAUAGGAUUGGUCAAAAGAAAGAAGUUCAAGUGUUCCGUUUUUGCACAGAGUACACUAUUGAAGAAAAAGUGAUUGAGAGAGCAUAUAAGAAACUUGCACUUGAUGCUUUGGUGAUUCAACAAGGGCGCCUAGCCGAGCAGAAAACUGUGAAUAAAGAUGAGCUGUUGCAGAUGGUGAGGUUUGGUGCUGAAAUGGUUUUUAGCUCCAAGGACAGUACAAUAACAGAUGAAGAUAUUGACCGAAUUAUAGCAAAAGGAGAAGAGGCAACAGCAGCCCUUGAUGCUAAAAUGAAAAAGUUCACAGAAGAUGCCAUCAAGUUUAAGAUGGAUGACAAUGCUGAUUUGUACGAUUUUGAUGAUAAGAAGGAUGAUGAUAAAGUUGACUUUAAAAAACUUGUUAGUGAGAACUGGACAGAACCAUCCAAGAGGGAACGUAGACGCAAUUAUUCUGACACUGAUUACUUCAAACAAGCAUUAAGGCAAGGUGCUCCGACAAAACCAAGAGAGCCACGGAUUCCCCGAAUGCCGCAGCUGCAUGACUUUCAGUUUUUUAACGUCCAAAGAUUGAACAAUUUAUAUGAAAAAGAAGUACGGUAUCAUCUUGCGGCACACCAAAAGAAUCAGUUAAGGGACACAAUUACCGAAGAUGAUGAAUCUGAUGACAUAAUAGGGGAUCCAUUGACUGCUGAAGAACAAGAAGAAAAGGAACAACUUUUGGAAGAGGGUUUCUCAACAUGGACAAGGAAAGACUUUAAUACAUUUGUUCGAGCUUGUGAGAAGUAUGGGCGUAAUGAUAUAAGAAGCAUAGCUUCGGAAAUGGAGGGAAAAACAGAAGAAGAGGUUGAAAGAUACGCCAAAGUCUUUAAGGAGAGAUACAGAGAAUUAAAUGACUAUGAUCGGAUAAUAAAAAUCAUAGAAAGAGGAGAGGCUAGGAUUUCAAGGAAAGAUGAGAUAAUGAAAGCUGUUGGCAAAAAGUUGGAUCGUUACAAGAAUCCAUGGUUAGAAUUGAAGAUUCAGUAUGGUCAAAACAAAGGAAAAUUGUAUAAUGAAGAAUGUGACCGGUUCAUGUUAUGCAUGAUGCACAAACUUGGAUACGGAAACUGGGAUGAGCUGAAAUUAGCUUUUCGCCAAUCACCCUUAUUUCGUUUUGAUUGGUUUGUGAAGUCGCGCACGGCUCAAGAGCUUGCCAGACGCUGCGAUACUUUAAUUCGUUUGGUGGAGAAAGAAAACCAAGAAUAUGAUGAGCGGGAGAAACAGGCUCGAAAAGACAAGAAGAUUGCAAAGAAUUUGACACCGAGUAAGCUCUUCAUGCCUAAAUCACCAGCUGUGGAGACCACUGGUUUGGGUUCUUCAAGGAAGCGGAAGCAGCUCAUCAUUGACGAUUAUGGAAGCCUCGGGUCGGAGAAGAUAGUUUUUUGAAGAUAAAAUCUCAAUGCAUCUUGAAGCCUUGGACUAAAACCAUGCUGGAGCUGUUUGUUGCUUUUUGAGCAAAGGAAAGAAGUUGAUCAAUAAACUAGCGAAAUGUUUCCUAGUUUUGUUUGUCUAACUUAUUUUUGUAAAAUCAUCAGGAAGGCCAAGGUGCAAAUUAUAGUUGCAUAUAAUGCGAGGGCUGUAAGAAUUAGGAUAUAGAAAUUGGCACAAUUUACCAUAUUUAAGCUCUUAUUUUGCUAAA